AUGCGUUUUGAUUUGUUUGUGCUGAUAGUUGGGGUUUUCUACUUAUCCCCAACAGCAGGUGGACCUGUGCCUUCGUAUUAUUCCGACGACGACUCAGGAAGUGGCUCCGAUGACUCUGGAGGUAGCUACGACGACUAUGGAUGUGGAGAUGACUCUGAUAUCUGUGGAGGGGGCAUUGACGACUAUGGAGGUGGUAUUGACGACUAUGGAGGGGGUAUCGGUGACUACUAUGGAGGGGGUAUUGGUGACUACUAUGGAGGGGGUAUUGGCGACUAUGGAGGCGGCUAUGGCUAUGACGACUAUGCCACAUUUAAUAGUGGAAGGACAGCAGCUAAGUCGAUUGAAUUUGAAAAGGAAGAGCGUAAAAGCAGCACAGAGUUCUACUGCGAUGACUCGUUGUCCUACUACUAG